GUGAGCCGAUUUCUAAUUCUAACGAAUUAACGUUGAUCUGAUCGUCUCCUCCUCGUCUACUGUCGGAAUUCAAACCUCGGCGAACUGGCGGAAUCGCCCAACCAAAGUCAUCUCCAUUUUACGAUUAUUAACAAAAAAAUUGUAAUUUUCCUUUUUUAUUUUUCUCAACGUAAUUAGUUUCGGAAAGUAUUACUUGAAUUACUUGCAGCGCAAACACAGGUCAAAUUACUCAAUAAUUGAAAGGAAAAGGGAGAGAAAAAAAGGAGGAAAGAGAAAAGAACAAGGAAGUAAACCGGGAGAAGCGAUCAUAAAUCAUCGUGUCUGUCAGAUUCCGUUGAUCGGGCAAUCGGAUGGUAUUGAGCAUCGUAGGUCGUCCGAUAUGGUCGGCGGCAGCGGCGGUGGUCGUGCUGGUGGUGGCACCGGUGGAGAGUGGUGGUGGGGUUCCUUUUGAGUGGUGGAGUGGUGGUGACGCUUUGUGGCCCAGCGGCCCGAGCCGGGAUGAGGAAGGCCAACGGGAGAAGUAACGGCUUGUUGCCCAAUUCUCUCAGGAUUAUUUCGUCUUGUUUGAAGACGGUGUCAACGAAUGCCACUACAGUGGCUUCCACUGUUCGCUCUGCCGGAGCAUCUGUCGCCGCUUCGAUUUCUGUUGCUUCCGAGCAACAAAAGGAUCAGGUAUUAUGGGCUGGCUUUGACAAACUAGAAAUUGGUCAAUCUGCGUUCAAGCAUGUGCUUUUACUUGGUUACUCCAAUGGCUUUCAAGUCCUUGAUGUUGAAGGUGCAGCUAAUGUUGGCGAAUUGGUCUCUAAGCGUGAUGGCCCAGUUACAUUUUUACAGAUGCAGCCUAUCCCUGAGAAACCUGAAGGCUGUGAAGGAUUUAGAGCAUCACAUCCUUUACUAUUGGUAGUUGCAGGGGAUAAAACCAACUGUUCAGGGCCUGUUCAUGUAGGGGGGCAUUUGAAUGGGCUUAUCAGAGAUGAUAAUAUUGGCCCUCAACCUGGAAACUGCAUCUCUCCUACUGCAGUUCGAUUUUACUCACUAAGGUCACAUAAUUAUGUUCAUAUGUUGAGAUUCCGGUCAGCCAUAUAUAUGGUCAGAUGCAGCCCUAGGAUUGUAGCUGYUGGUCUUGCAACUCAAAUAUACUGUUUUGAUGCACUCACAUUGGAGACAAAAUUCAGUGUUUUGACCUAUCCUGUCCCUCAGGUAGGAGGACAAGGAGUGGUUGGUGUUAACAUUGGUUAUGGUCCAAUGGCUGUGGGGCCCAGAUGGCUAGCUUAUGCUUCAAACAAUCCUUUAUUGUCAAACACAGGUCGCCUUAGUCCACAAAAUCUUACCCCUUCUCCAGGUGUUAGUCCAUCAACUUCACCUAGUGGUGGGAGCUUGGUGGCUCGUUAUGCAGUGGAGUCAAGUAAACAGUUGGCUGCUGGCAUAGUGAAUCUUAGUGAUAUGGGAUACAGAACGUUGUCUAAAUACUGCCAGGAGCUUUUACCUGAUGGUUCUAAUUUGCCAUUAUCAACAAAUUCAAGCUGGAAAGUUGGUAAACUUGCCUCAUCAACACAUUCAAAUGAAACAGAUAAUGCAGGGAUGGUUGUUAUUAAGGAUAUUGUCUCUAGAGCGGUUAUCUCACAAUUUAGAGCUCAUACAAGUCCAUUAUCUGCACUCUGUUUUGACCCAAGUGGGACCCUUUUGGUUACAGCCUCUAUACAUGGGAACAAUAUAAAUAUAUUCAGGAUUUUUCCAUCCCGCAUUCAAACUGGAUCAAACACUCCUAGUUAUGAUUGGAACUCUUCUCAUGUGCAUCUUUACAAGCUAUAUCGUGGAAUAACAUCAGCUGUCAUACAGGAUAUCUGUUUUAGUCAUUAUAGUCAGUGGAUAGCCAUUGUUUCCUCCAGAGGAACUUGCCAUGUGUUUGUUCUAUCUCCUUUUGGUGGUGAUGCUGGUCUUCAAACACAAAUUUCUGAUACUGAUGGGCCUAUGCUCUCACCAGGUCUUUCUAUACCUUGGUGGUCUACUUCAUCCUAUGUGGUAAACCAGCAGUUGUUUCCACCUCCACCAUCCAUUACACUAUCUGUUGUAAGCAGGAUAAAGAAUGGUAGUUCUGGUUGGUUUAAUACUGUUAGCAAUGCUGCAGCUUCUGCAACAGGAAAGCUAUUUGUUCCAUCUGGUGCUGUUGCUGCUGUUUUCCACAAUUCUUUAUCUCGCAGUCUUCAGCCCAUUCCCUUGAAAUCCAGUGCCAUGGAGCAUCUACUGGUUUAUACUCCAUCUGGCCAUGUGGUUCAACAUGAACUUGUGCCAUCCUUGAGGGUAGAACAAAGUGAUGGCAGUUCAAGAAUUGGAUCAAGUCCUACAAUGCAAAUACAAGAUGAUGAGUUGAGGGUAAAAGUGGAACCUCUUCAAUGGUGGGAUGUCUGUCGAAGAUCUGAUUGGCCAGAAAGAGAGGAAUGCAUUUCUCAAGUUACCCUCAAUAGACAAGAAGCUGUAGAGAUGAUCACGGAGAACUCUAAUUGUGAAGAUAAUGAUAUGAAGUAUAUGUUGGAACAUGAUGAUAAUGUAGCAGGGAAAGAGUUGUUAAAACCCUGUGGAAGAUCCAAUUGGUAUCUCUCUAAUGCAGAAGUGCAGAUUGGCAAUGGGAGGAUACCCAUAUGGCAGAAAUCUAAGAUAUCCUUCUAUGUGAUGAUUCCUAUGAGGGCCAAAGAGAGGGGGUAUACCAAAGAUUCUGCUGGUGGAGAGGUUGAAAUUGAAAAGAUCCCUGUUCAUGAGGUUGAGCUAAGGCGUAAUGAUUUAUUGCCUGUUUUUUACCAUUUCCACAGUAUCAAAUCGGAUUGGAAUGACAGGGGGAGAUGUACAAAUUUUUCUUCUUCUGAUCUUCUUGGAAAUAGGACAGAGAUCAUAGAAGAGACUAUUACCUGCCACACUAAGCCAGCCUUUCUUGGAUCUGUGGAAAGCUCAGAUGGAGGGUCAUUGAGAACAACUGGAUCUUUACCUGAUUUAGAUCAAGUGACGACCAUGAAGUCCUAUUCACAUGAGAAUCCAACUACCAAUGAUACUUACCAUGAGACAAAGAGUAUAUUGAAUUCAUUGCUCUUGCUAAGCCAAAACGUUUCUGAACAAGUUGAUGAAAUAUUUCCUUCUGAACAUUCUAUGGGCAAUAAUACUCAUGUUACUGAUGGUGCUCCCUCAAUGGAAACUGGGACCAGUGAACUCUUGAAUGCUAGUUCUGAUUGUUCAGCUUCUGGUAUUAACACCCUUGUGAAGGGGCCUGAGCAUGUGGAGUUGCAAGAACCACUUGAAUUUGAGCAGUACUUUCAUGAGGGGUACUGUAAAGUAAAAGAGCUUGAUGAAUGCCGUGAUUGCACUAACAUUGUUACUGAUACCGAGAGCAGCAGCAGCCACUGUGAGAGGGAGAAACCUGAGGAGGAAGGGGAGAAUGAUGACAUGCUUGGGUGUGUUUUUGCCCUCAGUGAGGAAGGUUGAUAUGUACCUGUCUGUCCCAAGUCCAAGAAACAGCUGCAGUCAUGCUACCUACCCAUCAUUAACAUUCAAAAAUCUUGUAGGAAGAUCUGGAUGUCUUUUCAAUAUGGAGGUUCAGUCGUUCAGAUGAGGAUUUUGCCAAAACUCAUAUUGAAGGAGAAUGCAAAUUUUCAACUCCUGACUGGUUGGGCAGCUGGUUCUGUGAAUCCUGAGAAGAGAGUGCAUUCAACACAAAAUGACUCUCUGUGAUGUACAUGUUGUAGAUGAAAAUUCAUUAUUCAUGUGUGUGUGUGUGGGGGGGGGGGGGGUAGCUUUUUGGCAUGGGGAAGUUUGAACUCUUGGUACAGGUAGAUUUGGGUUUGUUUCCCCGUCUUGAACUUUCAAUCAAAUUUGCUUUGUACAGAUGAUUUUAGGGUGAACAAGUUCUUCCUCCAAUUUGUGUAACAAAAUUGUAUUCUUCAAUGAAAAAAAAGGAUAAAAUGGUUCUUUAUGUUCUAUGAAUAGGCCAGCUUCUUGUAGAGGUGAAUAUUUCUGUAUAAAGACUCACCAGUUCCUUUUA